UGGAUUCUCGGGGCCAGACGGCGCGCCGGGACGAGCACUUCCGGCGCUGCGCCCAGGAAGCGGAAGUGCACCUUCCAGUCUGUCAGAGUCGGUGUGUUACUUGGUGGUCGUGAAAUAUAGGAAAGUUGUUUUCGCUUCACUUUUCCUGGCUCUCGAGCGCUUCCCCCCUGGCGGGUGGGAGUGCAGAGACCGAAGCGCGAGAUGAGCACCAUGUUCGCGGACACGCUGCUUAUCGUUUUUAUCUCCGUGUGCACGGCUCUGCUUGCCGAGGGUAUAACCUGGGUCCUGGUUUACAGGACAGACAAGUACAAGAGACUGAAGGCAGAAGUGGAAAAACAGAGUAAAAAAUUGGAAAAGAAGAAGGAAACAAUAACAGAGUCAGCUGGUCGACAGCAAAAAAAGAAAAUAGAGAGGCAAGAAGAGAAACUGAAGAAUAACAACAGAGAUCUAUCAAUGGUUCGAAUGAAGUCCAUGUUUGCAAUUGGCUUUUGCUUUACUGCCCUAAUGGGAAUGUUUAAUUCUAUAUUUGAUGGUAGAGUGGUGGCAAAACUCCCUUUCACUCCACUUUCCUACAUCCAAGGACUGUCUCAUCGAAAUCUGCUGGGGGACGACACCACUGACUGUUCCUUCAUCUUCCUGUAUAUUCUCUGCACCAUGUCGAUUCGACAGAACAUCCAGAAGAUUCUUGGCCUUGCCCCUUCACGAGCGGCCACCAAGCAGGCAGGUGGCUUUCUUGGCCCUCCACCUCCUUCUGGGAAGUUCUCUUGAAAUCAGGAAGAACCCGAUAAUUCCUGUCAUUCUUUUUAGACACUCAAAUCAGACCGGCAACUAUUUUUCAGCAAGAGCCAUAGGCAGCCUUAGCAUUUGGGCCACUUUCUAGUUUUGAGUUCUUUCUAGACUUUUUGGAUAUGAUUCGAAUGAGAAUGGCACCCAGCAAACACGAUAGUGCUUUUGGUCACAGAUUAAUUUUUUUUUUUUAAAAAACAGUUGUGUUGAUUAAGUACGCUCAGAUGUGUGUAUAUAAUGAGAAACAAAUUCUUGUCUUGCUUACACAAGUAUUUUCUGUGGGAUCGACCUUCAAGUGCGUGCUCUGUGCUGUGUCCCAGGGAAGCCGACUCUCCAUGCGCAUAGAGAUCUGGAGGAAGCAUUUAGUUUAUGGAAACUAUUUGUUGUGUGCUUUUUUCCAAGCCAAAUGUAUGACUUGAGAUCAAUAAAGAGGCCAAAAUUUUAGCUAUUUCAUCUACAAGGAGAGAUCUGUUUUGUUUUGCCAUUUUUCUAGAUACAUGUUUUUAAAUCCCCUGAACCAUAAGGAGGGUAAACAUAGGCCAGGAAGGGGCAAUGUUUUAAAUGUACUAUUUUGUCAUGUUCGCCUCUUAUGCUCAAAAUAUAGAAUUGUCCUGUUAUUGAAAUGAGGGGAGAAGAAAGUAAUAAGUCACGGAAGUAUAAACAUGAGGGUCCUCAGCAGUUUCUUCCGUACCCUCGUACAGUCUGUUGGAUUCUUGGGCAGACUCCCCGGAGGCAAGGUUAUAGUUACACGUGGUUGAUCUUACGGCACGUCCUUGUAGUCACAAUGGCCUUCAGUGCUGCCAUGCUCCUUUGUAACGGAUGAGAGGAUGCUUAUACCACGAUCUUCCCCUAAUCCACGCAAUUGGGAAUCUUGUGUGGCAUGUUAACCUAGUGACAAAUAUAUACAUUUAUCAGUAGUGUCCUUAGAUGCAUGUGUUCUUUCAGUGAGAAAGAUACAUUUAUUUGCAGAGGAACGACUAUUAAACCAACAGCAAACUUCUCAAGGCAAAGUCCAGAAGACAGUGGGAUAGUAUUUUCAAAGCCGAGGCAAAUAAUUAGCAGCCUAGAAUUUUAUGCACAGCUAAACCGUAAAUUUGGGGACAAAACUGGGGACAAGAUUUUCAGAGCUAUGUAAUCCAAGGUCAUUGAAUUUUUAAGCGAUAUGCUUCAGGGGGCAAAAAAGAAAACCAUGAGAAGAUGUGGGGUAUAAGAAACAAUGGUCAACACCAAAAUUGAUAAAAUAAAUGGAUAAAUUUAAAUGUUUUAUGGAUUAUCCAGUUGAAGGAUUAUCUCAAGACCAGCCCAUAAGGUUAAUAAUGACUAUUCUCCCCCUCAUUUCACAAAUGAAGAAGCAGGCAGGAGAGGUUCAGUAACUUGCUCAGCCUCACUUAGCUAGGGAGGAGCAGAGUUAGGAUUUGAACGCAAGCAGUCUAAAGCCGUACCUUCCAGGCCCUCAGAUGCUAUGUUCUCUUGUACUCUCCACGUAGUGGUGGUGAGUGUCUUCCCAUCACCUUCCCUCAUCUCUCUGGCUAGAGCAUUUGAGCUCUGAACUUGGGGCUUUGUCUUUUUUUUUUUUUGGUUCUUGUUUCCCCGAAGCCCUCGUGUGGGUGGGAGUACAGAGGUGCUCAUUAAAAGCAGAUGAAAUGGAAUCGGAGUCUCUAUUUCAAGGUUACCUUUGUCAGAAAAGAUGCCUGAUAAUGUAUGGUGAUGACUUCUAAUGGUCUUUUCUCCGUGUCAUUAACUAUUCCAGGCAAAAUAAUAAUUAAAAGGGUGACAGUGAGGGAAAUGAUUAUGACAACAAUGAUGACAAAAUGGUAGAAUUAUUAAAACAAAGCAUAAAAAGAAAAGGAACCACACUCAAAUUCUGCCAUCACGCUUUUGAAGUGAAAGUAUAGAGUUCAUCCUACCACCCGCCCGCUUCAGUUUUGAAGCUGCUGCUUCCUAAUCAGAUUUCCUAUGGCUGAAGCUUUCAGCAAGUGUUUCAAUGGAAGAGGGUGAAUCAGAGGGAGAAGUAAAAAGGGAGAAGGAAGGAGGAAAGGUAACAUCCUUUCACCCUUUUCCUAAAACGACACAAUAGCAAAGAUGUAUUACAGAGGAAAUAAAGCUAUCACAUCACAAGAGUGUAAAUUCAAGGAGAUAUUAAGGGCUACUGCAGCCUCACAAUUCGUUUUUGUUAAUUACUUGCCAGUAAAAUUUUCCAGACGAGUCAUUUCGAUGACUCUAAAUCCAGACCACCACUGAAUUAAUGGAGAUGAUAUUUCAAGCCAGAGGAGCCUCGGAAUAGCUCUCAAAACACAUGAUUUGGCUACUUUGCUUACGUAAAGGAUAGACUGACCCCUUUCUAGUUAAAAAUAAUCAAACAUUAAUAUCUGCACUAGGCCAGUCAGGUUGUCCUCAUUGUGUACUUAAGUUGUAAACUUUUAAAAAAUGCAGGUAAACCUGACUGUAUUAACAGAUAACAUUUCAAAAUCUAAGCCAGUUUGAAAGCUGGAAAGCAAAGGUGUGUGCUCAGAUGCCUUGAACCAGAUUGUGUUCCCUCUUCUCUCAUUUGUAAGUCAUUCUCUUCAGUAGGAUCAGGGGUUUAAAAUGACAUCAGUGGGUUGAUGAGCAUUCGAACUCCCUUACAUCCAAAUCAAAAUCCUGUGUCACAUGCUAGUGUGUAGUAGGGUUUUUUCAACGUACUUAAACUUAUUUUGUGAAUUUCAGUACUGCCCUCUAAAUAAAGGCACCAUAUACUUUCUCCAUUUAGGGAUUAAUUCUACUUAAGUUAUAGUCUUUUAUUUUGUUUGAAGUUACUUCUUGCUUUGAGUUUUUAAACUUUUUAGAAUGGAAAAAAACCUCAAAAAUCAAUAAAAGUUUUUUUUUAAGUAUAGUAUAAAGAAUACCCAGAUACUGAUUAUUCAUCUUCAACAAUUAUUAACUCAUGCCCAGUCUUCCGUCUACCCUCACUUGCUUCUUUCCCCUCCUGCAUUAUUCUAAAGACAUUGUAUCCUAGACGUAUCUUUUAUUCAUAAGUAUUUCAGGGCUUUAAAAAUAUAUAUCUAUAUAAUCUUAAUACUGUUUUCACACUUUAAAAAUUGACAAUCCCUUGACAGCAUAAUUGUCUAUAGAUGUCAAAAUUUUUUAGUUUUUUGGAAUCAGGCACUAAGUAAGAACCUUAUUGCAGUUGGUUGAUAAGUGUUGUAAAUCUAAUCUAUUGCAGUGGUUCUCAAACUAGAAUGCAUCAGCAUCACCUAGAAAGCUUGUUAAAACACAAGACUGCUGGGCCCCAGCCCAGAGUUUCUGAUUCUGAGUCUGCGGUGGAGGUUGAGAAUUAGCAUUUCAACAGAUCGCAAGGUGACACUGAUGUUGGCCUGUUUGAAGUCCACUCAUGUUUUACUUCCCACCAUCUCUCUUUCAUUCCCCCUCCUGCAGUUUAUCUGUUGAAUAAACUGCAUUGUUGACCCUGUCGGGUUUCCCUCAGUUUGGAUUUUGCUGGUUGCAUGCCUGUUUUACACACUGUUGGUUGGUUGUCUCUUUUUGUAGUGGUAGGAGCUUUUGCUAAUCUAAUUACUAAUUACUGAUUCAUUGGAGAUUGAAAAAUGAUACUGUAAUGCUAGCAUCCCUUCAUUUAUGAGGAAAAAUGCCUCUAUAGGUAGAAACUUGCUUCAUCUACUGUUUGGUUACCUAAUGUUAAAUUUUUUAGGAAAGGUAGAAUAAAUGCUUUCAAAAUAAGUUGUUCACUCCUAUCUCCAGUGGUGAACAAUGUGUGUGAGAAUGUGUGUUAUUAGCAAUUUGUAGAUUUAAACAUACCUGAUUAACUUCAGUUCACUGAAGUUGCUUUUCUUGUGGAUGCUCAGGUUGUCCCAUUUCUGGCCAGUGAGGGGCUCUUUAAGUUGUCUUCUGGGUCUAUUUGACUUGACCGUAGUUUUCACUGGUAGCAUCCUUGCCAAGUGAUGAUGAUGAUGAUGAUGGUAAGAUGUCCCAGGGCCAUCUCACAUUUCCUGCCUGACCUGAAAACAACACUUUCUCCAAGAAGACCUGGGUUGUUUUACUGGGAAAUUAUUUGGAGACCACAAUCAGCAGUAAAAUGGUCACUGAGACUAGGUUGCUAGCUUUCCAGGCCUUUUUUGUGGAUUAAGAUAGGUAAUAUAUGUUUUGUUGUUGUUUUAAGAUAAAAUACGUCAUGAAUCUAUUCCAGUACUCUACUUCUCACUUAAAUUCAGGGCUACAGAGUUUUUCCUUGAUUUGUUUGACCUGUGUCUCUUAAUUCACAUGCUAAGAAUUCUAGUUUUUAGUGCCAGAAAUGAUAGAAUAUCAUAUAAUUAAUCAUUAGCAUAAUCCCACAAUAUCCAACCAAAAGUCUGAGACUGUCGACACCAACAUUACUACCAACAAUAUGAUUACUGAAAAUAGUAUUUUUUUGGUAGGGGGAGGGAGAGUCUUUAAAAUACAUCCCACUUUGGGUUCACAAAUUACUGAGAUUUCAAGUUACCUGGGAUAGUUUGUUUUUUGAGUUUAUGCCACCAUUUACAUUUGUUUGAUUUUAUUUUCAUUAGGGCAUGUUCUUUGAUUUUACCUUAUAAAAAAUGACACAUAGUGUUUUAGUAGGUUUCCAGGCUAGCUCACAUAAAAGCAUAUUUAAUCCUACGUAGACAUGGGCACCUAAGUACCCAUUAUCAUACUUCUUUUAUGGGCAUAACGCCACUCAUAAGCUCCCAAAUGUGUGGAAAGAUGGGCAGAUACGGAGUAUUAGCAGAAACAGUUUUAUUUUAAACCAGAAACAUUUCCUGCCAUGAUAUUGCUCUCUUGUUCUAUCCCCACACUUGAAUAAAGGGAGGAGACCCAGUGGGGAAAGAAUACCAUGGGAGGACAUCGCAAACAUGAACCCAUUCAGGUCCUCCUGGCUGUCGCCUUCAUUUGCCUGAAUAGCCUCCCAGGUAGCCAGCCACCUUUACUCUGGUCUCUCCCAGCUUCACUCCGUCAGCCAUCCUGUAAAAGCGAUGCUCUUUUUAAAAAUAUCAAUGUCAUUGUGUUGCUUCUCCAAGGGAAGUUGUCCAACGGCUGCCAGUAGCCUGUAGGUAAAUUUAAACUUUGGCAUAGAUCUCCAGUCUCUCCCACCCCUGUCUCGCAUACAUCCUGCUUUCUAGUGAAGCAGAUUUUUACAUUCUGCGUUUUUCAUUCUUUUUAGCCUUUACUACCUUUGUUUUCUCUGCCUGGACUAUCCUUCCUCUUAUUUGCCUGAUUUUCUCCCGUUUCCUUCUUGAUUCAGCUCAGGCAUCUCCUCAGAAAUGUUUCCUCUGACCUUUACGCAGCCGUGUUGACUUCCUUUUCCCUGUAUCUCAGUUUGAGCUUUCAUAUACGAGUCACUUUUUUUAAAUGGGCAGAUCUCUGAAUUUUCUAAGCCUCCCGCUGCCUCAUCUGGAUAAUGGGAUUACUAUUCCAGUCAGAACUCCCUUAUCCAACACCCAGUUUUAUCUGAGUGCAGCUGGAUUCCCUGAGUUCCCUCUGCAAAGCAUGCUGACUGAUGCCCAGGCACGCUGAACGCCCAGCCACGCUUACGCACUUCAGCUCUCACCAGGGGACUGGAUAACAUUACUUGUUCUAUUGGUUAAUUUUAAUUAUAUACAUAGACUAAGUAUUAUGUAAAUUAAUGAAAUAUGAAUGCAAAAAAAAGACAAUUAUGUCCAUGAAAACCAAUUUAAAUGGUUUGGAAUGACUCAAUAAAAGCAAAUUGCUAAAAAUUA